AUGCCCUCUCCGAUCACCUGCCACGUCCUUAACACCCUGUCCGGGACUCCUGCAUCUGGCCUGAAAGCGACCUUGACGCUGCUCUCAGCCAACAACAGCACGUCUGGUCAACCUGCAGUAAGCUUCGCUGCCGUCACAAACGAAGACGGCCGCGUCAAAGAGUGGGAGACAUCUGCCGGCAGGAGUGUGUCGGAUGUGAUGGAAGGAUACAGCCACGGGGAGCGAAUCGCGUGGAGCAUCAAAUUCGAGGUCGGUCCGUGGUAUGAAGAGAAGGGCAUCGAGAGCUUCUGGCCCGAGGUCGAAGUCAAAUUCUUUGUUAAAAAGGGCGAGCGGCAUUACCAUGUGCCCGUAUUGGUCGGCCCGUGGACCUAUACAACCUACAGAGGAUCUUGA